AUGAGCUGGCUAAAGGCGCUAGAGAAGGUGCGGUCUCGCGCCGCAGUGAGCUCCCUUCCACAGACGUUGCUUGCUUCAGGCGCCGCUGUGGCAGGCCGCCUUGCGCCGGCGGUGAAUAGGGACGGAUUGCAACGUAAACAACAAGAACACGCACAAGCGACAAGAGAAGUAGGGCCUUCAACGGCCGCGCUACACAGCGUCAGCGACACGUGGGGUAGUGCACUGGCGGUCAUUAGGUUCUCGCAGUCCGGCUCGCAACGCGACCAGACGUGGAAUAUGCACCACCUCCCCCUCUCGCUUGCCACGCAGUGUCUGGCGGUUUUAGUGGAGGCAGGGCAGACUGCGCAAGGGGUGGAGCUGAUGCAGUCAUGGCAACGUCCGGAGGCAAGGACAACGAUGCGUGCAAAGAUACGGGCGACCGCUCGAAUGCGCAAGACACUAAGGACGUUAGGUACCAUUGGAGAUGUGGAGACGUUGCGAACGGUUGUGUCUGUGCUGCAUCAAUCGUUGACGGAGCAAAGGCAUCUGUCGCGGCAUAAACACCACCUUCAAGCUCAUGCGUCAUCCUCUGAACCCUUCGAGUGUGCUGGAACGAAGAACAGCUAUCCGCUUCUGUCAGCGCUUGGCAUGCAACGCACCCGGCUGUUACUUGUCGAGGCAGUGCAUGAACUUGUCAUGCAAGACGAGAGUGUCGUCCCUGUGUUUGAGAAGCUUACGUGGAUCAAUGCAACGGCAGUGGCAACCACACCGCAAGGCGCCCAGGUCCAGUGUCUUAUUCCAUUUAUGCUUCAAGACGACUUCGGUCAGGUGAUUGAGUCGAGCCCCUCCUACGACGAGAGCCUUUUGCAGCAAAUUGGCCCAGCCUUUCACAUGGGAUUUGCCCAUCCCACACAAUGUGGUCCUGUUGAAAUUAUUUCCAUGCCGCGAAGUGAAAUUCGGCGUCUGUACAGGAAGAGUAUUGGUCCAUCAGGGGAACUGUGGAAGGAGGUGAAGGAUCUUGUCCUGCCGCACUCACUCCUGAUACAGCAGGCGUGUCAAAUAGCGACGCUGGUAGACGUUCUCUGUAGCCCCAUGAAGGCGUCUUUGGUGGCACAUGCCCAUCGUAAAAAGGAUGCCUCCGAGCUAACAAAAGAACUGCGCCAGCUGCGGAAGUUUCUCAUCACACAACUUUGUUCCUCGCGGUCCUUGUCGCGACGAAUGUGGAGUUGUGCGUUACUGCGUCAUCCGCGUCUUUUGUAUCGCUUAAACCUGUCCCCGAUAAUGGUGUUUUGUGCCUUGGCGCUGACGUUUCGUAGUUUUCAGGUCCACAUCCCUUUUGUCCGCUGCUGUCUGCCGCUGCUGCGACGUCUGAAACGAAUGGGUCAUGAUGAGGAGGCGGCGCGAUUAGUGUGGAAUCAUCUUUCUGUUAACAGCCCUGCCCUCGCUGUAGUGUUUAGGCACCACCCCCUGGCCCUUGAGGAUGCAGUGACGGUCGUCUGUCGCACGAUGCGCACAGGUGUGGGAGGGCGCAAGGAGGCGUGGAUGGGUCACCGAUCGCUUGCCGUGCUGCGCGUGGCCGCUGCAUCUGGCCGCUUGACCCCCGCCCACUGCAUUCCUGCCUGCGCCGCCGCCCUUGACUGCGGGGUGCACUUUGCCACUGUGCAGCAGCUCGUCGGAGAGGUCUUUGGCGAUGACAAUGACACGGCACGGUGGGUGCUGAACAUGGUGCGGCUGACCACCGAGAGCCACACGACGCGUCGUUUUUUUCCUUUGGUGUAUUCCGGCCACUCCGUGUUGAUGCGCAGCCUACUGCGAAAGUACGCGUGCGAGUCCGACGUGAUCGGUUCCCCGCCCGCUGUGGAGCUCCAUGUGCCAUCCCGCAGUAAAUUGCUGGCACUGUGGACGAUGGUUCACGACGAUGUCAUGAGUAUGCCGCUGCGUCGACUGAUAUGUCGUCUCUUUUUGGAUGACGAGGCCCUUAUGGAUUGGAACAAAAUAACUGCAACACAGCAGGCUGGUGCACAAGCUCUCAAUGUUUUUUUUCGUGAGGAGGUGCUUGCCUCCAUGGCGGCCAACUGCACCACGGAAGGCAGUUACGUGAUAUUCAUGGAUGCGCUUCUUUCGCGGCGCCGCCUACGGGACGCUAAACGUUGUAUGCAACUCCUGUUGAGUGAGCUGGACGACGAGUGUGGACAGGUUGUAUUGCCUAGUCUUGCAAUUGAGGGCAUAGGUAUUCCCUAA